CGGGCGUGUGGGGACGCCGGAGGGCGGGAGUCUCCGCGAGCAGCGCCGCGCACGGAGCAGGCGGCCGCUUGGGCUCGGCGCGGAGCCGGGAGCCCGGAGCCUGCAGCCGGCCGUCGCCUGCUCCUGUGCGCCGGGCGCCAGCCCCUGCCGCGCUGCCCGGCAGCCGGAGAGCGCGCCCCGCCAUGGAGCCCUCUCACAAAGACGCCGAGACGGCGGCGGCGGCCGCAGCGGUGGCGGCGGCGGACCCCCGGGGGGCGUCCUCGUCCAGCGGGGUGGUGGUGCAGGUCCGCGAAAAGAAGGGCCCCCUGCGCGCCGCCAUCCCCUACAUGCCCUUCCCCGUGGCCGUCAUCUGCCUCUUCCUCAACACUUUCGUGCCAGGACUGGGGACAUUCGUCUCGGCCUUCACCGUGCUGUGCGGGGCCCGCACCGACCUCCCAGACAGGCACGUGUGCUGCGUCUUCUGGCUGAACAUCGCGGCAGCCCUCAUCCAAGUGCUCACGGCCAUCGUCAUGGUGGGCUGGGUCAUGAGCAUCUUCUGGGGCAUGGACAUGGUCAUCCUCGCCAGCUACAAGGAGCAGGGCAUCCCACAGCAGCUGUGAGCCCGCGGGAACUGCUGGGGAGAUCCAGGGGGCCCAGUGAGGGCUGCAUCAAGCAGCUUUGGGCACACGGACCAUUACGUGUUCUCUUCUGCCAUUUUCUGGACUGGGGGUGGAAAGGGGGUAUUUUUAAAAAUAUUAUUUAUCUUGAAAACGCAUCUGCUUUUCUCAGCAGGUUGUGAGGGCUGCCAGUCCCUCCUGCUCCAGAAAGCACUGUGGGCGCAGGCACCAGAGCACCAGAGAGUGGGGUGGAGAUGAGAACGCCCACAGGGAAGCUGGAUGCUCCAGCAGGCUCCAACCCGCCUUGCCGUGCCCACUGUCCACUGCAAGGGCAUGCCACAGCUGCUGGGCCGGGCCACACCGGGCCCUGUCUCACAAAGGGUUCAGGACUGUGGUAGACCCGUCCUCUGGGACCCCACCCACCUCAAAAUCUAGCACCUCAAGUAUUUACUGUGUGGUCUCCUGAGGGCAGCACCAGGGUGGGGGUGAGGAUGGCCAGGCUCCACCCUAGUGUGGGCAUGCCCACUAUGCCCACAGCUGGCCUGAGGCCUCGGGGAGAAGACCAGUCUCACAGGUGUCUCCUGGGCGGCCUCCCUGACUGCACCCCUCGCCUCCUUGCCACUGAAAUCGAAGGGCUAGGUGUGUUGUGACCUGUGUUUUCUUGGGAAGGAGAGGAGUGGAUCCUUCCCUGCGGUGAAACUGCCAGAAUUACCAGACGUUUAUACACAAAAUUAUUAGACUGAAGUGGGAAUGGGCAAACUAGCAGGCUUUUACCCUAUACUUAACCGCAUUUCUGGCCCACACUCCUUUUUCUGAAGUCAUUGGGGCCAGAUGUGUCUCCGAGUUGAGAAAUUUCAGAUUUGAGAAAGGCAAUGUGAUCCGUUUAUUGAAACACUUUCUAACCUUCCAGCAGAGUGUGGGUCAUCCCGCCUGCUAUCAGGCACGUGACCAUUUCUGCAGAGAAACGUGACUAGUCCCAUCAAUUGGGAUCCAUACAAACUGUAAAUAGCCUCAGCUCACUUCAGUCUAAUUUUACCGCUAAGUAACUUAGGGAAAACUUACCAUUUGAGAGCUUUUGGGGUUUCAGAAUUGCAAAAAUAAUGGUAUGGGGUUGUAGACCUGGAUCUGAAAAUCCUACUUGUGGACGGAUGCGUUAGAGGGUGACAUUGUCGAUAUUACACAGGGACUCCUUCAGGUGCCGAGGGACCCCGGGCCUCUUUAAGAAGCACCUCUGGAAGUGAUUGAAAUAAGGCUAGAUGCCUAAUGGGGGCCUGGGGGUGGGGAGAGUCGAGCAGAAGUUGUCCAGGCUACUAUGGAUCAAGUAUCAAUCUGAAGUUAAGAGAAAGGAGAACCCAAAAUUAUACUAAGAGGAUGGACAUUUACACAUCUGUUUCAUUCCAUUUUCAUUCUAACACAGGAAACACUAACAAGUGGAGCUGGCCCGAAGUCUAGCUUCUGACUCCACUUGACGUAGGGCCAUUGGGCAUGACCGUCUUUGAAGGGCUUGUUUGUCUAUCAGAGACUCCGUCAGAACUCCAUGAAGGCAGGAGAAGGGAUUUUGCUGAAUGAAAGUGCUUGGGAAGUAGUGGCCACCGUGCUGGGGGUCCCAGCCCACCUACCCCAUCCACUGGCUUUCUAAUCACAGUCCUGCCUAAGCAGCAGGGCUGGAGCACCCUGCAGACUGGACAGCUCCCAACAUCCCUAGAGAAACAGAAGCCCCUGCAGCUACUCACCCACCCCGCCCCGACUUGACUCCCGGCCUGUCCUGCCCUGCGGCCCACCCCUUAGCAUGGAUCCCUUAGCUACUCUCCCUCUUCCAUCGCUGCCUGGGGCUGGGCUGCCAUGUUGGAACACCUGACAGUGUCUGUCGCAUCCUGUCCUUUCUUCUUACCAACCCCAAUCCAGGCCUUUUGCCUUCUUCUUUCCUGUCUGAAAGUCUGUGUCUUCAACGUAUGGGAUCAGAUUUGGUUUUCUCUAAAAAGCUAGAACCUUCUGCUGUGUGAAGCGGGCAUCCUCCAGGCUGGCUGCUCGCUGCUCUCGAGGAAGCUGCAUGAGAGCGGAGCCGCCCCUCUACUCAGAUAAAAUAGCUUCAGCUGCAGGAAGCCGCCCCCUCCCAUGCCUGCCAGCCCACAGCCCUUCACCCCACAUAGCCCCCACAGUUUGCCCGACUCCCCCUGAGUGAUGACAGGUCCUGGGGGGGCCGCCCCCACACAUAGGAGGGAGAAGCUUAGUUUCCCGGCUUGGGCUGGGGGUGGCUGCUGAGGGGGUGGAGCAGAGAUAGCAAUUUAUAUUGCAUGUUUAGUGACACAAUCCAGAUGCAGGUGGGACUUUCUUGAGUGGCAGGUGUCACCCUGAGUCCUAUGUGGGAUGGCUUAAUAGAGGGGUUUGUGUGUUUGUGUGCAUGGAGGGCCACUGCACCCCCAGAUCCUCCUCUCCCCUGAGGGCUGCGUCUCUAAACCUGGGAACACAUCAGCCUCAGGAGGAGGCCCUUUUCCGGGUAACUGAGGUGUGGGAGAAGCCAAGAGGCCCCUGCCUGUCUCCUGAAUGAGGCUGUGAGGGUUGCCACGUGGGUGGCACAAGUUCAAAAUAUCCCCCCGCCCCUCUAAAUUAGACCGCGGUCUCAGCACGAUCAUCUUCAGUAGAUAAGGGACGGUGGCUGAUUUACUCCAAGUAGUUCCAGCUGGCUCCUCAGACCAGGGCCAGAGUUAACGUCUCAAACAGCAGCCGGCUGAAAAUUGGGGUUCUCGUGCUGGCAAGUGCUUGGCUGACGCCCAACCCUUUGGUGACGAAGCUGGGCUUUGCCUCGGUAGUGCAGACAAGGCUGUUGGCUCAGAGGUUGCAGGGCAGGUUCACCAUUGGAAUUCAGUAGGAUGCGCCCUGGCUGUGUGUAUUUUGGGCAGGAAUCCCAGGUGUGCAGAGAACAUCAGAGGCAAUGAGAUGCUCCCAGGACCCAACUGUGACACUGGGAUCAGGGUGGCCAUUCCCUUGGGCCAGAGUGAGCCGUGGGUGGCCUGGGCAUGUCCCGCGGACGGCGGAGACUGUCGAUUUGGAUGUUGAGCUCCGAGUCAGUUUAAGAAGUGAGGACCUCAGGCGGGGAGGGCUAGGGCCCCAUGGGAGCAGCAGGAGUCUGAUGGCUCCUGGCUGUGGCCCCCCACCUGCCUGCCUAGCCUAGUAUCAGGGCUGCAGGGCAGAAGCUCUGCUGCUGGGGCACUCCCCAAUCUGCCACACCACUGGCCUUCCCAAGGUAAGGAGGAGGCGGGCAGCAUGGUCCCCAUCCUCAGCUGCCCCAGUCCCACACAUCCAGCCCCAGGGCUUUUUAGCUCCUGGGAGGGGAGAUACCUUUGUGAGUUUCAGAUGUCAGACCUGCAGCUCAGAGAGAGAGUAAGCCAUGUGCCCGUAAACACUCUGCUCUUAAGUGGCAGGACAGGCACGUGGCCAGGUUGGGUCACCCCCACAGCCUGUGCCAUCGACACACUCAUUACAGCACCUCCAGAAGAAGGGGAAUUCAGGCAUCCAGGGGCACGCCCUGGGGAGGGGUCCUCACCCCUCAGGAGUAAGAGGGUGAUUAUGUCACAUGUUUAGUGACACAAUCCCACCUGCAUCUGGAUUGUGUCACUAAACAUGUGACAUCGAUUGCCAUCUCUUCUCCAACCCCUCAGCAGUCACCCCCAGCCCAAGCCCGGAAAAUAAGCUUCUCCCUCCCAUGUGUGGGGGCAGCCCCCUCCUGAGACCUGUCAUCACUCAGGGGGUGUCUGGCAAAGCCUCCUGGGAAGGACAUGGGCGCCUCCACCCUGCCCUGCAAGGCUCUGGGUUCCCACCUGCCAUGCUCCCUCCUUUAGGCAGGCCCAAAAGAGUACCCCUUCCUGAGGGUGUCAGGGGAUGGUGGCAGAGAGAGAGCUGGGAUGAGGAGAGCUGGGAUGAGGAGAGAGAGAGCUGGGAUGAGGAGAGCUGGGAUGAGGAGAGAGAGAGCUGGGAUUGGUGCUUCCUCAUCCUGAUGCGCAGGACCAAGUCACCUGCUCUUCCAGCGCAGGGGGCUCCAGCCAUGCUGACAGCAGUAAGGAGGAACUGCAGAAAGAACAAAAGCCACAUGAUCAGCUUUUCUCCUGGAGGGCAAAGGGUCCCGACUCUCAAAAAGAAAAGUCAGGCACAGACCCCAACACCAAGUGGAAGGCAGUGCAAACCGGGGCUGAAACCCCAGGACCGGGGCAAAGGCCUUCCGAAGGCCCAAGGCUCUCGACCGGGAAGGGAAGCUGAGAGGCCCCUGGUCCUUCGGCACCAGGUGGCUCGUUAAAACACAAAACACCCCAAAGGCAAAAACCCUGAAGCAUGUUCUUUAGCUAACCCCUUCCCUGCCCAGACGCCUGCGAUUCUGAGAAUUGUUUUCGGUUUUGCCAGGGCCCAGCCACUCUCAGAGGGUGGAGCGCUGGGCCCCUCAGGGUCCCAUCCAGGCUCCCGGGCCCACUUUAGGCUUUAAUGACAUUGGCUGUUUCCUAUGGUGAAAGUGAUGUAGGCAAAGGAAGCAGGAGCAUUGCAUAAAUGCUUGGGGGUGUGUCAUUUAAAUGGAAGUUCUCCAGUUAGUGGCUGAAGGCAGAGAACUGCUAUUAUUCCUCCCUCUUUCUGGAUUUGUUGGAGGACUUUUAUCAGAGGGACUGGAGGUGGGCUGAGAAGACAGCGCUUCCUCUCUGGAGGGCUCACUGAGCAGCUAGGUAGUGGCCUCGGGCAGUCCUCGCCAGGGGACAGCUCCCUAUUUUGCAUUCAUUCACGCAGUCAGCACUCAGGGAGAGCUAAAGUGGGCCCAGCGGUCCUGUGCUUAGAAACGGAUGCUCUCACCUCCACACUCCUGCCGUCCCAGCCUCCACAGGUGAAGCUGCAGGGUGAGCAGAGGCAGGCGUGGGGUGCACUAUUCAAGGAUGGGGCUGGCCUCUCUCCCUCCAUAGAGCUCGGGGCACUGGGUUUGGGGAUGAGGUGCUAGCCUGGUCAGGGGAGGUGACUGGUCCUUCUGACCACCUUGGAACUUUAAAAUAAUCACAAAAAAGCUCAGCCUGAGCAGGAGGGUGCGAGGCUCAGGGGCCUGUGUUUUUCAUCAGUUUUCUUCCCGCAAGAUUCUUAGAGCUGGAUAUUCACAGGAUCACAGAGGCAUGGAAGUGGUCAGGCUCAGUCAUGCACCCACCCUAAAUUACAGGCCAGGCAGAGAGAGGAAGAAUCCCAACCAGAGGGACCCCAAAUGUCCCCCUAUGGCCUCGGAGUGAGUUCUGGCCCAAGUGCUGUGAUGACCACCGGCAUCUCUCCGACUGCUGCCACUUCAGUUUAAGUAUCUCUAGGUUGGGAGCAAAGGCGGGCUUAGGCAGCCAUCGCUUCCCCACAUCUGCCCAGGGCUUGCAGGGCCAGCACCAUCUGGGCAAGGGCUGCCUUCUCCUGCCCAGGCCUCACCUCCUUGCUGCUGGCAAUCCUGGAGCCAAGAUUCUUUCUAGCAGAACAGAAACACCGGCCCCAAUUCCCCUCUCCCUUCCUGAUGCUGCUGCCGGGGGCAGAAAGGUAUCUGUAGCCCACCCUUGUGUGUCCUGGGUUUCCAGUGCAAGCCAUCUGGAUUUGCAUUUAGCUGGGGAACUUUGGCCCCUAACCCCUCUCCCUCCCUGCCUGAAUUUGCCAAAAUGCCAACCAUCCAGGCAGGUGUGGAUGCCACAGUCCCCCCCCCACGUGGACAGAGACACACUCACAGCCCACAGCCCCUUCGGCUGCUGGGAAAGCAGGCCCCGGUCUGCCUGGAGCCUCAGGGUUGGGACUUUUCUCCAAAGGAGCCCACACCCCCUCUUCCGGGAUGGGCACUGGCUGGCUGCGAGUACCUUUUGCCCUCACCACAGCCCACCCUUGCCCCACCCACAUGCACCUGUUUCCUCUGUCUCCAGGGCCCCUGCCCUGUGGAUCUCUUCCAUGUACUCCUAGGGUGCGUGGGCUCAGCACCAAACCCGGCUGUGCCCAUUCUCCACGGCCCCAGCUUGGCGUCCUGUGGGAAGGUGAAGGUGGGCCUGCCCAGAGGAGAGGGGGCAGUGUGCCCACCCAUCUACCCCAGCACCGGAACCAGGGAGGAAAGAAUAGGGAGGGAGGUCCUCAUUCACCAUUUUCUGGGUUAGCACUUGAUUGGAUGUUUCAAGCAGGGGACAAGGUGAUGAUGGCUGUAGCAGGCUCCUCGUGGGCACUGUCACCCUGGAAGGCCUGAGCACCCAUGAGAACCUGUGCCCAGCCCUUUUCAUUGGCUAAGUUCCCUGCUGUUGGGUGUGGUGCCAGUUUUAUAAAAAACAACAUAUAUACAUAUAUAAAAACAAAGCAAC